AUGCCCACCGUUCCAGUGGAUAAAGAGGAUCUCUUCCAAAGACUCGGGCAUAGAUACACAUCGGAGGAAUUUGACAAGCUUUGCUUUGACUAUGGCUUAGAAUUAGACGAGGAUACAACGGAGGAAGUAGAAGAAGCGAUCAAGAAAGGCCUCCCUGCAGAACGACCGCAACUCAAAAUCGAGAUACCAGCGAAUAGAUAUGAUCUGCUGUGUAUCGAAGGCAUUUCGCGUGCACUACGAGUAUUCCUGGGAAAAGCUGAAGCUCCUAGCUAUAAGCUAGUAUACCCUCCUGGCGGGGAGAAAGAUUUACUUACAGUAACAGUUCACCCAGAGACCCAACAAGUCCGACCAUUCUUCGCCUGCGCGAUACUCCGCAAUGUGCAUUUCACACCUCUAUCGUAUGCUUCCUUCAUAGAUCUUCAAGACAAGCUACAUCAAAACAUCGCCCGGCGCCGUCAAUUUGUUGCGAUCGGUACUCACGAUUUGGAUACGUUGACCCCACCUUUCAGAUACGAGGCUAGAGAUCCCAAAAAAAUCAAGUUUGUAGCACUCAACAAGGCGGAGUCACACACGGCAGAGGAGCUGAUGACGAUAUACGAGUCUGACAAACACUUGUCGAGAUAUCUUCACAUCAUCCGGGAUUCGCCAGUAUACCCUAUCAUAUAUGACUCUGAGGACCAUGUAUUGUCAAUGCCUCCGAUCAUCAAUUCGGAGCACAGCAAAAUCACUUUGAACACGAAGAACGUUUUCAUUGAUUGUACUGCAACUGACCAGACCAAACUUGAUAUUGUCGUCAACAUGGUUGCAACUAUGUUCUCCGAAUACUGCCAAAAUCCUUAUACUAUUGAGCCCUGCAAAAUCAUCUUCCCUGAUAAGUCUAUACGCAUCUCCCCGGAUAUCUCAACACAUCGCUUCACUGCUCACGCUUCAUAUAUCAAUUCGUGCACAGGGCUAUCCCUCUCUAGGCCUGCUGUCAGCGAUCUCCUUCGGCGCAUGUCUCUACACAUCUCGCCUUCUCCACCCGAUACGGUGGAUGAGAUUCUAGUAGAUAUACCGCCCACGCGGCCAGAUAUCUUACACGAGUGUGAUAUUAUGGAGGAUGCUGCGAUCGCUUAUGGAUUCAAUAACCUUCCGCACACCUUCCCUGCUACAAGCACGGUGGCUCAGCCCCUGGAGAUCAGCCGACUAAGCGAUGUUAUUCGUAUCGAGUGGGCAUUGGCAGGAUGGGUAGAAGCCUUACCGCUAAUCCUCUGCUCCCACGAAGAAAAUUUUGCCUUCCUUAACCGUCCUGACCCAGGGACGCUAGCCGUCAAAAUUGGAAACCCCAAGACGCUCGAGUUCCAAGUAGUCCGCACAUCUUUGCUGCCUGGCCUGCUCAAAACCAUCCGCGAGAAUCGCUCGCAUGCUCUCCCUAUCAAGCUCUUCGAAACAUCCGACGUGGUAUUCAAGGACCCCUCAACCGAGCGUCAAGCACGGAAUGAACGACAUGCAGCAGGAGUGUGGUGCAACAAGACAGCUGGCUUUGAAGUCGUGCAUGGAUUGCUUGAUCGCGCCAUGAAGAUGCUGGAGGUUCCACGCAUUGCAAGCGGUGACGCAAAGGCAGGAACCGGGUACUAUAUCAAGGAGGGUAAUGAUCCCGCUUACUUCCCUGGACGCGCGGCCACCAUCUUUUACCGUCAGCCCCAGCCCAAGUCACGCCCCAGUUCGGCCCUGAAGUCUCUCGAGGAGGAUUUGAAAGGCUUAACACACAGCAUCGAAUCUGCUUUACACAUCAACAGCCCAUCCCGAGACCUGGAGAUCGGCACAUUGGGCGUUCUCCAUCCAAGCGUGCUCGAGAAAUUCGAGAUCACAUACCCUUGCUCAGCGCUCGAGUUUAAUCUCGAGCCUUUCACGAAGUAGAGAAAGAUGCAAGGGAUGCAAAUUGAGAAGAAAAUUGGAAGGAGACGACUAGGGAGUCAUAUUUAGGAAAGCAGAAGUAAUUAAACUGUAUCAGAUAUAAGAUGUGUUAGUAUCUGUACUUGCGCGCGCUCAGGAGUCUUGGGUUUGUCGUGGUGUUUGUAGGAUUGGAUUCGUGAAGUACGUAGACUUGGUAUUGCUCGGGUUGAUUGAAGGAAACAAACAAGAUGGGCCAUGAUUCAGACAUGGUGUUACACAAUUAUACUGCUAGCCAAAUAUCAACGUUGGGCGUUAGAUCAAAACAGUAGGCUACCGUAAAGAAACCCAUCCGAAGUGUUCAUCAGGUGGUUAGUAUACAAUCUGACUUAUCGUUAGGACCA